GAUUUUAAUUACAAUUUUCGAAUAGUGAAACUUUAUGCCAACGAUGUUUCCCCCAAGUUUUCUAUUUUUUAAUAAAAUGGACAUCAAGUUUUGUAAAUGGCGACGUAAGUAGAGACAUCAGAGACAUCUCUGAAGCUAGAAUGAUCUUAAGUCGUUCUCUGAUUGGUUAAAUCGCAUGUUUCAUUUGUUUCAAACAAUUUCAUUGGUUAUUAAAGGUUGUGUGGUUUUAGUGAAAUAAAAAUGUAUGGCACUUGAAAGUGGAAAUUGAAGUGGUCCUAUGUUCAUUUUGCAUUCCAUGGCUGCAGCAGUUUGCGAGAAUUUGUCGAAAAAUAAAUGAAGGAGAAUAUUUAUUGGUGUUUCAAAAUUUGCAUUAGUUGAUGAAUAAUGAAGAAAGUUAAAUCGCAGAAUAUUUUUCAUUGUUUGCAAUCAAGACAGUAUGGACGUCGAUGUGAAAUACUUAGGAGAAAUCCAAAUUUCUUCGAAUUGGUUAACAAAAGAUUGAAUUUAUACGAUAUUCCAAAACAUUUUAUGCAACUUCAAAAUUGUUGUAAUGCCCAGAAAUUUGAUGUUGAAUCUUGUACAGAAAUUUUAAAGAAUGUUGCUCAGAUUUUGUUUGAAAAAGCAUCUUGUGAUGAAAGCAAUAAAUUGAAAGAUCUCAGUAAAAUUGUUAACGAUUUCUACGGUCCUGAGAUUUUGGUACACAUUCUUUGUUACAAAGAGAUGUAUGGCCUCGACCAUCUUUCCACAAGACCCUCUGUGGAAGCUCUUCACAGCCUCUAUUCUUCAUCCUUGGAUUUACUGCGUAAUAUCAGCUGCCAUAAUGAUAUUAUUGCAAAAAACCUGGGACUCAACAUGCUCUUCAUUGAACAGUUAUUUUCACUGUUAAAGUACAAAGAAACAUAUGUGUAUGCAUCCCAUCUCUUGGAGGAUAUUCUUCGUGUUAGACAUCAAAUUUUAUCAUUAAAUGACAUGAACUUGGAGAAACUAAUCAUUCAAAUGAAUGAUCAUCAAUUGGCAAAUUUUUGUCUUUUGUAUUUUGUUCUAACUGAUGCAGAGGCUUGUGAUGACAAAAACACAUUAUUUAAUCAAGACACAAGCAAAGUUUUCCAACAGCGAGCUGAAAUAGCUGAUGAAAAUCAAAGGAUUUUGCUUUUAGUGCCAGAGUUUCUACCUAGAGUUUGUUCUUUAGCUAGUGAAUCUAUAGAUAAGUCAUCACCAUUUUCCCUUGGUUCACCCCACACACCUGCAAGAUUGCAACAGUUGACAUCAUAUUUUAGUGGAGUAUUGGAUGAUUUUGAAGAUGCAAACCAAGAUAGUGAUGGUGCAUCAUUUUUACAUUCACCAUAUUUCACACUGUCCAUAAAGUUUUUUCAAGAUGUUAUGUUGAAAGUUGAAGCACUUUUUGUAUUGUGUGUUCUUCUCACAGGGAAAUAUAAAACUUCUGUUCAAAAACAGCUAGCUAAUCUUUAUCUCAUUCCUAAACUGUGUGUGCUGUUUGACGAGCUAAAAUGGAUUGAUAAUAGUGAAAUGAUGAGAGAGGAGGACAAUCAAUGUGCACAGGAAUCAGCUUUAAAGAUUCAAUUUCUUCGUUUGAUUCAUAGCUUUUGUGAUCAUAAUGAUAAAAAAUACAUUCUUCUCACUCCAAUCGAACUGAAGGAACUCAAGACAAUAUAUGAAAAAAAUAAUCUAUUGUUUCCAGAGGUUUUACAAAAUUUUGAUCAUUCACAAUGUUGUGAUGGUAAACAAGGAUUGCUAGCUAAAACUUUAGAUGUUUCAAAGACUUUAUCAUCUCAUUCUGUGCUACAAUUUUGGUUUUUUCGAGCUUUGGAAGGAUUUUUGCGUGGCAAAGCAUCUUAUGCUGAUCAAGUCUUUCUUAUCAAACGUGGUUUGUUAAAGCAUCUUCUUCAAAUUAUAUGUUCAAAAGAGAUAAAAAGCAAAGAAGUAUUACAAAGCAGUUUUGAUUUAUUGGGAGAACUUAUGAAAUUUAACCAUGUGGCUUUUAAAGAGUUUACUCUGAUGAUUUCAGAAUUAGAGUUGGAAACAUUUAUUAUGGUUAUGACAAGUAAUGUUAUUGACUCAAACAUGUUUAUCAGAAGUCUUGUUCUAUCCUAUGAACAUUUUUUGUCAUGCAACAAAAUAUCAAUUGAUUUAGCCUUUGGUCUUAGCUCUAUGGUUUCUGGUUUAAAAAAACGGGUUCAUUUGCUACUUAAACUUAUAAUGUCUGUCACUGUUGAUACGCUUACUCAGGAAAAUGUGAGCUGCUUGAAUACUGCUAUUGUGUUUUUCAUGUUUUCAUUAAACAAAGGCGAGCUCCAUCUAUACUUACGGGCUUUUCAGCACGAGGAAGCUGCACUGAAGAAGCCUGGGUUUAUUAUAGACAAUCUACGGAUGCUCUUGAAGUUUUGGAAAAGCCAUUAUUUGAGCAGAGGAAAAGAUUGUUCUGCCUUGGAGCAGAGUUCAUGCAUUGAAAUCAAAGAAUGGAGAGCUGCUGUUGAUAUUUUACUGAAAGAUGUUGGUGAUCGUAAAGCAGUGAUGCAUUACACAUCAACUGGUAAACUAGAUCGUAAUUCAUGAAUAAUAAUCAUAUCUAUGUGAGGGACACAAGGGAACAUGCUGUACAUAUUAGAAUUAAGCUAUUUCACAGUCUAGAAAGCAAUGCAUAAAUGUUUGUUUUGUGAAUAAUGUUUGUGUAUAGAAAAUAUUCAUUUUAGACAGCUAAUUCUACAGCUAUUUCCAAUGCAUGCAAUUAGUUCGAGUUUCCUUAUUGAAUGCAAUUGGAUAAUGGACAUUGAAUAUGAAACAAUGCAACAUUUCACAUUGGACAGGUGUGUAGGUACUGAGCAGUAUGUGCAAAAAUUUCAUUGUGUUUCCAAUGUUCAAAAGUAGUUUGGAUUCACAUUUAUUUCUUUUAAAAUUCUCUUCUCCACUAAAGGUAGAAUGUCUUCAUUGAAGGGUAUGUUAUAGCUCAUGAAACACUGCUUGUUCAACUUUGUGGCUAGUAAAGGCAUUUAUAAAAAGAAGUAAAUAUUUUAUGCCUGGUAUAAAAAUAAUCAGUGAGAAAGAUGUUUCUACCAAAUUUCUGUGCCAGGGCAUCUGAAUUCACAUUAGAUACAUCUCCUAGUACAUUGGUAACUGCUGGUAUACUAUCCUAAUGUAGAGAAAGACAGGUUUUAUAAAUAUCAUUCAAUGUCAUUGAACAUUUGAACUUGUUAGUAAAUGAAAUUUGAUAAAACAUUGCAA